AUGCUCGCGUUGGCUCCCCAGAUCUCAAUAGGCGGAACGGAGUUUAUGAAUCUCGGCCCGCUGUCCCAGAACCUGACGCCUCAGACUCUUGCCGGAGGAGGGGGAAUCACGCCAGAGGAGGGCUUGCCCAUCAACUUCAACAUAUCCCCCUUUGUCGAAUCGCCGCAGCCUACGGACGAUGCCGAGUCCGGCAAUUCUCCUCUCCAGCAGCAGCAACAACAACAACAACAGCAACACCAAUCCCCGCCCGUGCCACCUCAAAUACCGCCUCACAUGCCACCGCAAAUCUCCUUCCACCCACAAAUCCGACCUCCCUACGGAAUCUCCAUCCCAACCAUACACCGGGUGAAACUCGACCGUAUCCGCCGCAACUCCGCACCAGAACUAAGCCUGCACGAACUGGAGCGGCAAACCAAGCACGCCAACCGUCGCGCCUCGCACAACAUCGUCGAGAAGCGCUACCGCAUAAACCUCAACAGCAAGUUCCGCAAGCUCCACGAGAUCGUCUUCUGCAGGACCGAUCCGACCUUCGUUCCGGAUAUCGCCAAUGCCAAUGGAAGUUCCAACUCUGCGAAUUCCAACUCAGAAGGCCCCGCGUCUGCACCUGUAUCCGCCAUCGCGACCCAGGCCAAUCGAUCGCAGCCGCCCAAGGCAUCGAUUAUCGAUAGUGCGCUGAACUAUAUUGAGAGUCUGCAGCGGGAGGUUCAUGAGUUGAAGCGGAGACUGGAGGUUUAUGAAAAAGAUGGCGCUCCGCUCCAGGGACUUGGACGUGUCGGGGGUAAGGCUUUGCCAGACCUCGGUGCUGAGAUUGGAUCCGGCGAUGCACAGGAUUAUGCAAACGAUGAACAUACCAAAGAAGGGUGCGAAAGCAGCUCGGUGAAAUCCGAGUCACCUUUUGCUUGGACUAUCACGUGA